AUGGCAACUCCAGCGCUCGUACACCUCCUCCGCAUCAUCUCCCUCAUCCUCUCUCUCCUCUCCGGCAUAUCCCAGAUCAUCACCGGCCCCCAGGUCCUCGGCAACCCAGCCUUCACCGCCGCCGCCCUCGCAAACUGCCCGGAUCCCAGCUCCUCCUCCUUCACCUACGCCAUCUCAAACUACUCUGUUCUUCAACCAGCCAAGCCACUCGGCGGCGGCAACACCAGCAGUCUUCCGUCAAUUGAAUAUCUCUCCCGUCUGCAGCUUUGCGCUCCCGCCGACUUCCGUGAUCAGCAACAACACCUACUUCCCACCGCCUUCCAACAAUUCGGCGGCCUCUCAAUCCCAGACUGUCCCACAACCUUCACCUUCUCAAACUGUUCUGUCGCCCUCUCUCUGCUCUCAAAUAAUACCCCCUCCUCCCCUUCUGUCCCCACCACCUCCCUCGCAAUACCCUCGACCACAGAACUCUCAUCCCUCUACGCGCAAGCCCGCUCCGCGCUCGUCCUGCUCUCUCCUGCAAAAUACCGCUGCCGUCUGCUCAAAUCCGAGCGUUUCUCAUUCUGGCAAAUCCUCGCGCUCAGAAUCGUCAUGCGCAAGAGCGCAAAGCGCGAACUGCUCCGCAUCGUGCUUGAUAUCGCGACUCGCAUGCUUAAUCUCGUUGAUCCGAAGGAGGUCGAGAGGUUGGCGAUGGAGAAGGAUAGAGAUGCGUUGCUUGUGAAGAGAGUGAUGCGCUUGCUUGAGGAGUGGAAUACUAUUGUGAUUAAACUCGACGGCGUACAGGUCGAUCUUGCCAAAGCAGUGGAAAAUGCAGGCUUGCUCAGACUGGGCUGCAUCUAG